UUUUAAUCUAAUACCAUAAUGGCAGUGUUUACGUGUGCAAUGAGGUGUUCAUAAAACGUGUCAGCGAGCACAUUAACAUCCUGCUGGUUGGUACACAGCGACUCAGACGAGACAGGAAAGGAAAGCUGAAAAAGGCAAAUUAUUACAGCUAGUGUGAAGCUGGAAGCGCCCCCCCCCCCUACAUCCGUGGACAUCACCUUCCUCACAUCCUCACUCACGUUCACAGCUGAUGCUAUUUUGGGAAAUGCAGCUGAGAGGCUGACAGCUGCUGGAAGCUAUAAAAAGACCACGUCUAUUGGUAUCAAUCAGAGCAACACUGACCAGGAGCACAACAGACUUAUCAAACACCAACAGAUACCUAAUAUACCACCUCUAAAAGGUAAGAAAAUUCAAUGAGAUCCCAACUUCUGAUCUCCGUGGAGCAUCUACCCACCAUCAAUGAAGAUAUAGAGAUAUCAGCUCAACCCGAAAAGCCAAAUGCAGCUGUGCACACAGACACUGGACUGGAAGAUUAUGUCAAAUCUAUUCAAACACUGGCACAGCCUAGUUCUCUAACAACAGAUCAUCAUAAGCACUAUGCCCAAUGCAAGGCUCAGAGGAGGACUCAUUUUAGACCCAGAUCAUUAUUGAAGGUAUGUGAACCUAAAGUUCUAACUGUGGCACAGGAAUCCUAUCAUGCAAACCUAGUCUCUUUACAAACUGACCCACUGGCAUGGUUGUAUAGACAGAAUGGAAACAAAAACCAAGAGAAUGGCGACACAUUUCAUUGUGCUGUGCCUCAAAAAAAGAAACUUUGUAAUACCGUAAACCUACAUAAAACUGCUGACACAAAUAGAAGGUUACAAUGCAGCAAAGGUCAAAGCAUCGAGCACCAAAGUACACAGGAAAGAAGAAGCAAGCACCCACGUCUCCAAAAGAAAUGUCCUUCUCCUGCUUAUGGCAGUUUGGGAUCAGUAAUUAAAACCCACAAACCACAGUUGCCUGUCAUAUAUGAGUUAUAAUUUCAUUCAGGGACUAAAAUGGAAUGAACAUUGUAAGACUCUAUGGAUUAUUUAAUUUAAACUGGAAAAACUACUGAAUUCUGAAUUCUGCAGACCUGCACUACUAAUAAAUAUUCAUUUAUUUUUAUUUAUUUUUAAAUACA